GUGAGAGCUGCUUAGGUAAGCGCGGGGGGUGGCGGGACGGGAGAGUCGGUUGUUUGUCGCCGCCGUCGACAUUCUCGCCGAGGCCGCUGUCCCGCCCCUGUCCCCGACACAGCUCUCUGUUCAGACCCGCCCAGCGUCGCGCGAUCAGCAACGUGCUCCCCCACGGGACGCCGCCCACGCUCAUUUCUGCCUAUCGUCUCGCUCAUCUAAUCUGCUUUCCCCGCCAUGUCUGACCCCUUUUCAGGACUCUUCCCCACAGCACCGUCGACAUCAUCCUCGACCGCCUCUGACACAAGCACGAGCACGAGCACGUCUUCCUCUGCGUCCUCGUCCUCGUCGACUACCUCCUCUUCUUCGAGCACCACCUCCAGCUCCAGCUCCUCGUCCAGCUCCUCGUCUAGUUCCUCUUCGUCCAGUUCCAGCUCUUCAUCGAGCUCCUCCUCUUCCUCGCAGUCUUCCUCAAGCUCGACUGCGUCGGCAACGUCCAGUAAUGGCUCCUCUACCAGCGCUUCCACUAGCACCCCGACGAGCACUGGUAGCGGGUUCUCCACCAGCUUGGCCACCAUGACCAGCAACGGCGAAACCGUGGUUGUCACCAGCUUCCUCCCCCCGGCCUCCCAGACUGCCAACAACGACACUGCCAGUGGUGGCUCGACUUCGUUCUUUCAAAACAAAGGCGAAGUCGCUGGUGUCUUCGCCGCUGUUGGUAUUGUGGCUGCGAUCAUCAUCAUCGCCCUCAUCACCCAGGCCAUCCGCAGGCGGCGCGCUAAGGCAUUCGACGACGAAGUCGCUGAUGCUGCCGCCGAGGCCGCCGCACAGGCCCACGCGCCCAACUUCACCGAUGAUGACUACGGCUACCCCGAGGAUCGUGCGAAGGAAUUCGGCCCCUAUUCUGACACUGCCAGUCAUGGCACGUACACCCAGCCUCCUAUGCAGCCUGGUGAGAGCUAUAACAUGGCCGAGCUCCCGCACUUCGACCCGUACGCCGUGGCCGCGGGUGCCCCCGGCGAGCCUUACGCCGCUGCUGGCGCGGCGGGCGAUCCCUACUCGGUUGCGGGUGCUGCGGGCGCUGCGGGUAUUGGUGCUGCAGGGCUAAAUAGGGCUCGGAGCAUGGGUCAGAACAACCAAUUGUCCCCGUACAACGCUUUCGCGCAGCCUCAGGCGCCGAUGCCCCAGACGCAGGCCUACCUCGACAACCCGUACGGUGCCGCCGCAGCUGCGCAAGGCCAGCAGAACGCUCCCCAACGGCACGUUUCGCACAAGUCAAACACUGGUACGGAAGCCAGCUUUGACCUCCUCGAGGCUGCCGGACUCGGUGGUGCCGCGGGCGUGGGUGCAGCAGCAGCAGGUGCGAACGUCAGCCGUAACAAGAGUUUCGGCAGCACCACAUUGGCUAUGUCUGGUUCCGAACAUAGCUCGUCACACGGUGGUCAUAAUGCGGCUUACGGCGGUUACUUCGGCUCGCAGCUUCCACCAGGUGCACGCCCGCCAUCGAUGGGUGACCCGUUCGCAGCGUAUAACAAGCCGUCGCAGCAGGCAAACCCGCCACAGCCAUCACCAAACGAGAGCGACCGCGCGUCGGCAGAGCUGCCUAACCCGUUCGCGCAGGGAAGCUCCGGCUCGGGCACGAGCCCUGAGCCGCCAUUGCUCGGCACGAAGUUCAACUCGCCGGAGAGCACUGCUGAGAACGGUGAUGAUGACGACGAGCCGGGCCCUGCGGGUGGGUGGCUUCCCCAGGACAGCAGGAAUAGCUUGCGAGAUGAGGAGGAUUAUGGUUACGGAGGCGGACGCCGCGUCCUGAAGGUGGCGAACGAAUGAUCUGCCUGAUGUAAAUUCCCAUAUGCGCUGUAAGCUUUUAGGUGAGGUCGGGCGACUCGUAGGAGUGCAGGAUGGAGUCUAGGUACCGUCCUCGUGCGCCUCACCUUCGCCCGUGCGUGCGUUUACUUAUUUAUGUUCUCCUACCCACCCAUUGCAUCUUACAUCCCGCGCACCGCUCGGUGAGCCGUCUGUCGCACACUCCGCUGCUUGUCCUCGUCGAUUUCCCGCGCUUUGUUCGAUCCGUGCUUUCGUCGCGCGUGUGUGUUACUUACUUUAUGUCUUCGUGUUAUUGAGCCUUCAUUAUCGAACCCUUCAUAUGACUUUUUGCGUCUGUUGACCUGGCAUCGUUGGCGGUGUGGACGCUCGACCGGGCUUGUUCAAUACUUGUGUCCCAUCUUCAUGUCGUUUUCGGGUGAAAAGUGUACGGUACAUACCUGCUCGUGGGCUACGAGAUGUCCUUCGUGCGA